AUGAUUCUCUCUGGAAUAUUCCCGGGUGUGAUCGGUCUCAAGCCAACCAGCUGUAAGAUUAUCUCAAACACAUUUGAUACCUGUACGUUUAGUAUUCAGUUCGAGACCGUGCCACUGCCGGACUACCCAAAGGAUCUCAUUGUCCGACUCGAGACAUCGAGAAGUCGUUUGGCCAUUUUGGCAACACUCCAGCGUUUAGCACGUUCUCAACUCAACGAUUUAGUUCCAUCAGUACUGGAUGUCGGCACCACGAUGACUGCAGCCGCAAAAGAAAUCGAAUACCUUGUGACCCCAUAUUUUACGGGAACGAUUUCUCUCGAAGAUGUGUGGAACACGCUCGACCAAACCCAUCAGCUGGAGGUGGUAGAUUCAGUUAUUCUUGCUGUGGAUAAGCUUCAGAAGCUAGACCUUGGCAACCUAAGCCAAAGCCUAGCGGGGACCCCUUAUAUCUCAACCAACGAUGCCCCUCCCCAGCCUGUGAAGAUUGCGAUCGGUGGUCCUGCGCUUGGAUAUUUUCCAGACGUUAAAGAGUUCUUAGGUGGACUCCUCCAAGCGAGCAAUCAGAAGCCACCAGGUUGCAAGCUGCUAGAGAUCGAUUGCGGAAUUACACUUCAGUCUGCAUAUGCAGAUAUAGGUCGGAUCGAUUUAUCUCGCUCCGACCUUGAUGAGCUCCAGCACCAUGCCGUCUUCUGCCACAACGAUCUUGAGCCCCGCAACAUCCUUGUGAGAGAAACAUCGUCUGGGAAAUACGAGCUGGCCGGCGUGAUUGACUGGGAAAGGGCGGGUUUCUUCCCAUUUUCCUACGAAUAUGGCCUCAAGGAUACGAUCUUGGGCUCCUCGAACCUAUAUUUUAGCUGGUAUACUAUGUUCAAAACCCAGGCAUCUCAUCUGUUGCCUCGAGCGGAGUGCCAUGUAAAACUUAUCAAGGCGCUCCCUGAUUAUCGCUAA